AUGCACUACCGCAGCGUAGAUGCCGGUGGGGGCCUGGAUGACUUGGAGGAGCCCACGCAAGCCAGAUCUGUGCCCUGCCGCGUCGAUCGAAGGUGGCAGGGGCCGCUGGUGCUUCUAGUCUUGGGAUGCCUGGUGUGCUCAUUGGCGUUCUGGGACGGUGCGGAUCUUAUGAAGCGCCUGAAGAGCAUGAGGUGGUCUUCUUUGGUUCAAGCUUGGACACAGGGUGCAGACCACAAUCAGCUGGGCACAGAGAUGGCGGAUGAUGGACUGCUUGGAAUCCCCUUCAUUAAAUCCAUGCCAGAGGAGCCCUCGCCAGACAGCCACGUCACGAAGGAAGAAGUAGAGCUGGGAAUCUCUCAGCUUGCAGUGGCCCGAGUAGAUUGCUGGAACCCGUGCCACAGCAAGGCGGGUUGGUGCCAUUGGUGCGGCCGUGGCCGUGCGUGCUGCCGGCAGGGUGCUGACGACCCUGCUGAGUGCCGCGGCUUCGGUGGUUCGUGGAGGCACGAGUGCGUCCGCAUCCCAUCACCUGCCGGUGGCCAGUGUGGAGGAUACGGGUGGCAAGGAUCCAGGCACUGCGUCCCAGGAUAUGCCUGCAUUCCCGUAAGUCGCCACUACUCUGAGUGUCGCUUGGCGGAAGCUGCUCGGGAGAACUGUGCUGCCCCGUACAGUGUUUGCGGGGGCUGGUACGACAAUGCUCCGUGGGAGAACUGCUGUGCUGAUGGCCACCAGUGUGCUCAGAUAAGCGUUGGCCUGGGACUGAAGGCCUCAAAAUGCGUGCCUCUGUCGCUCCUACAUGCUGGGCAGUCUUGCAUGGCCCACUGCCAGGCAGCCGGCGAGUGCGCGUGGUGUGGAGCAGGAAACGCAUGCUGCUCACGUAGUGGAAAAGGAGGACCGAUCGAGUGCAGAGAUGCUCAAUUCCUCACCUUCGAAACUUUCCAGUGCGUGGCAUCCAAGUAUUCGCCCACGGUGAAGCAUUGGGGACAAGAGUGUCUGCCACAUUGCAGAGGGCCUGGAAUGUGCAACUGGUGUGGUGAAGGUAGCGCCUGCUGCAGGGAGGGUGAUGCAGGUGAUCCCCGAGAGUGUCAUGGUGUGCGGAGCUUUAGCAGGUCCGAUUCGCAUGUUUGCGUCCGGCCCGUACAGAAAGUAUUUGAGGACCACGUGCAGCAAGACUGCUGGCAGCCUUGUGAUAAGGUGCCGGGCUAUUGCUCGUGGUGUGGUCAGGGCAUGGCGUGCUGCCGGAAAGGUGCCCAAAAUGAUCCAUACGAGUGCCAUGGAGUGACGUCCUUCAGCCGGCACGAUCGCCACGUAUGUGUUCUGCCCCUCUCCGCGAAACCUCCCAGUCUGCUGUCUGCAAGUUCUUCGAUUGUCAACCACGUAGGAAAGGACUGUUGGUAUGAGUGCGGCGGAUCUGGCUUUUGCAGCUGGUGUGGAGCUGGCAACGCUUGUUGCAGAUUUGGUGCGCACUUUGACGCGGAGGAGUGUAGUGGUGCCACUGACUUCAGCUCAGUUCAACAUCAUGUUUGUGUGGCAGUGCCUUCGAUCAUCAACAAGGUGCAGAUUUCUUCACAGCGGAUUAUCUUCAAUGGUCGUGAGCUUGGCGCAGGGGGGAAAGUUCGGGGUGUUGCAGGGACCGGAACUCAUGCAGAAGAGGCAUCGGACGCUGGGGUUGAUGCCAUCCGCACCUGGUCCCUACAGCAAUCCGUGGGGGCUCUGAAGACUCUGAAGGCCUUGAAGGCUAAGGGCCAGGGCCGUGAGCUCAAGGUGGCUGCCGGUAUCUACUUGUCGACUUACAAAGAUAAGUAUGAGGGCGAGUUCUGCAAGCUCGACCAUGCCUGGUGGAAGGAACAGCUGCGAGAAAUUCUGUCCAACGUCACCAUGCAUCGCAACGAUCCGGGGCUUUUGUGGUGGCAGGCUGGUAAUGAGCUGGAGCUUCAGACAGACUGGGCUGGUGGCUCCGAGUGCAUGUGGCGCCGCUUAGAGUGGGUGGUUCGACAUAUCAAGGUGGCCGACCCGAACCACCCGGUUGGCACGGCAAUCGCUGGGUUCCAUGCAGUGAAAGUUGGCCGCAUCAAUAGCCUGUGCCCCUCCUUGGAUUUUCUUGGCCUCAAUGUCUACGGUGGGGAUGCCUACAAGAUACCCCAGAAGCUCUGGAGCGCUGGCUGGACAAGGCCAUACGCUAUCACCGAGUUUGGUGCUGCGGGCGCAUGGAUGGUACCCCGAAGCCCAUGGAAGGCGCCAAUGGAGCCAAGCUCUACACAGAAGGCCAUGGGCCUCCGUCAGAUUCACCAAGAAUGCUUGGCGCAAGAGAGCUGUUUAGGCACGUUUGCUUUCAUGUGGGGCUGGAAGUGGGAGCACACGCCCACGUGGUUCAGCACCUUCAACGAGUGGCGUGCCACCGGCUUUGACGAACCAGCCUCGGAUGUGGUUCAGUCCAUGCAGGAGGUCUGGACUGGUAAAGCUCCCAGACACCCGGCACCCAAGAUCACUGCAAUAAAGGUCUGGGGACUGGAGGGUCCCACGCCCGCACCGCUGGGCGUGACGGUGCAGCGCGGAGCUGUUCUCCGAGUGGAUGUGAGUGCUGUCGAUAUGCCCAACAAUGACGCGAAAGCCUGGGAGAACAACGAUGUGGUGUGGGUACUGACGGGUGACAACCCCGCAUCGCCAUCACAAGCAGCGGCCACAAUCCCUGGAGCUGUCCAAGUCUGUCAGGGAACCAGCCCCCGUGACAAGCUAACCGCUCUGGUUCCAACGGCCAGGUUGGAAGAAGGUCAUGCUUAUCGGCUUUAUGCCUUUGUCCGCGACCACGUGCCGCAGUCCGGAGGCGAGUGUCUUCCUCCACAGGACGGCGGCGACUGUGACCUUGCUGUGAGAUGGAUAUUGAGCGAGGGCACGAACUUACACGCAGACUGGUACCCUGGCCUGAGCCCUGCAUCCAGCUAUGCGGAGGUGCAAGAAUUUCUGCACGAAAGCGGGAAGUGUCCACCCCCAUGCCAAGCACGGAAAGGUGUGACGGAAGCUUACGUGAACAUGCCCUUCAAGGUGUGUCAUGAUGCGACUUUUCCUGAGCCAUGUGCGAGAGAGAUUCACAAUCUGGAGCGAAAUCUCUCCACCAACCCGCGCGACUUCCCUGGGCUCUCUCCGACGUCGAGCUCAAAGGAGCUGCAAGCCUUCCUCCAUGGCAGAUCACCAAGCCUGUGCCCAGCUCCAUGCGAUCAUUGUGAGGCUUCUUAG